AUGACGAUGAAAACGGUCCACUGCACUUCUCCUUUACACUUGACAGCUGGAUCGAGCCAGAAGAAGCCAAAGGACACCAGGCUGCGACGUAUUGACAUCAACUAUGACAACGAUCUAAUGCUGAGACGACUCCGAUCCCCUGCAAAGACGCCAUUCGUUUAUGCCAAAAGCAAGCUUCUUGAGGGAAAGUGGUUAACUUUACAGGACUUCAAAGACCUACGAAUGGGGCGCAUCAUGAGUUUGCAACAAGGCUUCUUGGUUCGUCAAAUGCGAUGGUUGAGAAAUCAAUCAACUAACUCAGCGAGUUACUGGAACCAAAGCCUCGAUGUGAAGCCACGGCUAUAUACACCGUAUACUUGGGAGUUCAGCCGUUUUCUUGACAUGACCGAGCAAUUGUGGGGUGUUCUGAAGCUCAGCGAGUCGCAUCAACAACUUGUGCGCGCAAUUCGUUUGACUUUUACUGGUUUGGCUGAUGGAAAGCCAGAGCAUGGAGACGCUUGCAAUAAUGAAUUAAUCCUGCCACGACUUGAAGGCCUUACUUCGAUUCAGAUCUUGGCUGAAAUAGGUGCCGAGAAAGGGUGCACGAAGCUUGUACCCGUCGAAGAACGUGCCGCAAAGAUUAGAAAUAUGCUUUUGGCUCUUCAAACGAUGCUCGAGAUCAAGUACCUACUCAAUGCUGAUGAUUUCAAAUUAUAUGAAUUCGGUAGCGACGUUGUCAACUACUUUGCCGAUAUGCCACAAGAGAAACUCAAGAAAGCAGCUUAUGUAAAAAGCAUUCCAUUUUCCGACUUCAACUCCAAGUUCUUUCAAUGUUAUAAGCCGUUGAUUUGGAUGAGAACGGCGUUAGUUUUCAAACUUGUGGAGGAAUCAUUGUUACCUUUUUUGCACUUCACAAGUAUUCACGACUCGACCACCUCAACGCUCUCGCAAAUACGCAGAAAGCAAUUUUGGAAGACGCUAGUGGAUCAACAAAACAAAACUGGUGAUGAGAAGCUCAAUUCACCGCAAAAAGAAGCGCACGCGGGGGAUGACUUCGACAAGGAUACGGACACAAAUACAUUGCCACUUACGACUAUCUCAACGAUGGAUUUGUUCAAGCCACAAAAACAAAGGAUGGAUUUGUUGGGCGAGAACACAAACACGUUUUCACAGCAACACUUCGGUUUCUCUCCGGCGGCGUUAACCGAUUCGGCAUUAGCU